GUCGAUGUAAAGAGGCGGGAAAUUGUCUUUUAGAACCCUAGCGAAGAACCCUUCGCGGAGCUCUUCACUCUCCCGAUUUCACAGCACAAUCUCCAUCUCUCUCUCUCUGUGUCGCAGGCUCGUCGUCCAUGGGGAUAAAGGGUUUAACGAAGCUGCUGGCUGACAAUGCUCCCAAGUCUAUGAAAGAGCAGAAAUUUGAGAGCUAUUUCGGCCGCAAAAUCGCCAUUGAUGCCAGCAUGAGCAUCUAUCAGUUCCUCAUUGUCGUGGGUCGGACCGGGACUGAAAUGCUUACCAAUGAGGCCGGUGAAGUUACGAGUCAUUUGCAAGGAAUGUUCACUCGGACGAUUAGGCUUCUUGAAGCUGGAUUAAAGCCAGUAUAUGUAUUUGAUGGGAAGCCUCCAGAUUUGAAAAAGCAAGAGCUUGCAAAACGUUACUCAAAAAGAGCAGAUGCCUCUGAGGACUUGGACGAGGCCUUAGAGACUGGCAACAAGGAGGAUAUUGAGAAAUUCAGUAAACGAACUGUAAAGGUCACAAAGCAACACAACGAAGACUGUAAAAAAAUUCUAAGGCUCAUGGGAGUGCCCAUCAUUGAGGCUCCUUCUGAGGCCGAAGCACAAUGUGCUGCACUUUGCAAAUCUGGAAAGGUUUAUGCAGUUGCCUCUGAAGACAUGGAUUCCCUAACUUUUGGAGCUCCUAAAUUUCUUCGCCAUUUAAUGGAUCCGAGCUCAAAAAAAGUCCCAGUGAUGGAAUUUGACAUUUCAAAGGUUUUGGAGGAGCUGAAUCUUACCAUGGAUCAAUUCAUUGACUUGUGCAUUCUUUGUGGGUGUGAUUAUUGUGAUAGCAUUCGGGGUAUUGGGGGCCAGACUGCUUUAAAGCUUAUCCGGCAACAUGGCUCUAUAGAGAAGAUAUUGGAGAACAUAAACAAAGAGAGGUAUCAAAUACCUGAGGACUGGCCAUAUCAAGAGGCUCGGCGCCUUUUCAAAGAACCACUAGUCUUCUCUGAUGACGGGCAGCUUGACAUUAAAUGGGGUGCUCCAGAUGAAGAAGGAUUGAUAAAAUUCCUUGUCAAUGAAAAUGGGUUCAACAAUGACAGAAUUACAAAGGCGAUAGAGAAAAUUAAAGCAGCCAAAAACAAGUCGACUCAGGGCCGCAGAUUAGAAUCAUUCUUUAAACCAGUUGUUAGCACGUCAGCUCCCAUUAAACGAAAGGACACGACUGAGAAGAAUGAGAAGGAAAUGAGUAACAAAAAGUCAAAGGUUGGCAGUGGUAGGAAGAAGAAGUAGAUGAGCUGGCAUUGAAGGUAUAAGAUCAUAUCAAUUUCUCCAAUUGUACUUAUGUCAGGUUGUCAAGUCCCAGAUUAUUUGACACUUGUGUUCCAUGGAGUACUGGAGGAAGCAUAGAAGCUGCAUAGAUGUGGAUUGAACCUCUCGAUCUAAUCAUGUUUCCUCCAAAUAUGUUUGUUUCAUGUAAUCUGAACUAUCUUCAUGGAUUUAGGAGAGUUUGUACUCGUGUACAAUUUGUCAAACAGGUAAGAGUUUCUUCUCCAUGUACACAUCUAGAUUGGUGUAUUUAACCUCUCUGCCAGUCACCAUGUAAAUGAUAGAGAGAUAUGCAUAAACAAGGUUCAGGGAAAUGAAUUCUCUUACUUUCUCCUA